CCGUUUUCCUCGGAAGGUCCAAUUAUUUAAGAGUGAGUACGUGAACUUUGCAGCUUCAUUCGAGCAGUAAACCGAAACGAGACUGGGCAUCGACCAUGAAAUUGACACUUUUCAUCGUCCUGUGUGGGCUAAGUAUGGCUCUGGCCGUUCCAAUGACCGAGCUGGCGGAAAGAUCCGAAGAGUUUCGCAUUCUUUUCGAUGACCUUCACAUCGAGAAGGAUGAGUUUGUACAACUAACACGCACUCUGACGAGGGCGGAACUGAAGCUGCUGAAUGAGGCCUCUCAAAGUAUGAUUGCGGAAUCGUGGAGCACAAUCGAGCACUUCUUUGAUGAUACUCGAGCCUUGAUUGGGGAGUUCAUUCUAUAUCCAAAUGCGAACGAAGAGUGCUUGUUGGGCUUGACGGAGGAAAUCGUAGCGGAGCGUAUACGAGCCGCAGAUGAGAUGAGCGCUUGUGCGGCAUUCAAGAUCAAUAUCAAAGAGGAAUUGGCUGAUGACUUCCGUAAUCUGGGCUACACUCUACAGCGAAUUUCGACCACAGCUGCGGAGUAUACGCUGUUUACGUAUGCAGGCCACAACUCAUUCAUUAACUCCGCUGGACAUUUAGAGUGGUUGGAGCAAAAUUAUGAACGGCAGCGUGAGUUCUGGGACACUACCGCCAGGACAGAGGCCCAAGCUGAUCUGGACGAACUGGAGGUUAAUCGACCGGCUUUGGUUGCUGAAUUCCAAGCUUGUCUCGAUAACAUCCCCGUGCAAAUGACCGAAGUUGAUCGGAACAUCAACGCUCGUAUGCUGCAAUGUUUAGGCGAUUGAAUAGAGCAAUAAAUAAAUUUGUUUUUUCAGUGCACUGAUCGCUGAACCUGUACAA